AUGUUCCUUUACCCUCAACUUGCGUUGAAAGUCACCAGGACAUACAAGUUUGGGAGCACGGGACACCAUUACCUGAUGGGAACCCUGGGGCGCUUCAACAUCCGUGUCACUGGGUCUGGAGAUGCCAAUACCCGUCUGGAGCCGUACUUUGCCCACGGCAACGACGCAACCAUGUUUGAAAACGGCAUGAACGGCGGUGUUUACUUCCUGGAGCUUAGGAGAUUGGUCCUCAAGGUCGUCACAUCGCUCUGGAAGCUGGGAGGCGAGGACUUGCGCUACGACUCCCGAUACCACGGCGGCGGCCGAGAUUCUCACAUGCAACUCGGUACUCUCGACUUGCACUCGAUUCUCAAAAAGACCACUAGCACGGUUAACUGCGUCGACAUCAACGGCCUGACCAUGGCAGCGCUCCACUCCCUUGGAAGAACAGCUCCCAGUAGCAAUACUGCGCCCGCCAUAGUGAAAGAUUUGAGGUUAGUUGCCCAGUUCCCGUGGGGCUACAUCACAAGGUGCUACCUGUUCGGAUACGAGGGGGUACCUUGCAACAACGUUUACUGGAUUGGCCGCUACGACUGGGUCGCCGGCCACGUGGGGAGCAAGGACGCCAAGCAGCUCGUCGGCCAGCAUGACCCGGAUCGGACCAUGUUCAAGUUUCGCUGCAUCUUGGGGUUUCGGUCGAGCCGCGACGACACGCUGCGCGCCGUCGACGUGUGCCGCGCCGGCAUCGCCGCCAAUGGAGACCCCGUCAUGUAUGCCAGCCAGCUAACGGUGAGCAGCUACUUGAACUCGGCCGACGAUGGGGCCGAUGCUGCAAAGGUUCGCGCUAUGGAAAAGCAGCAUUACCCCUUGCAAUACUGGGCCGCCUAG